AUGGUGUCUUCUGCACAGCUGGAUUUCAACCUGCAGGCUCUUCUGGAACAGCUCGACCAGGAUGAGCUGAGCAAGUUCAAGUCUCUGUGGAGGACCCUUUCCCCAGGAAAUGAGCUACAGCACCUCCCCCAGGCAGAGGUAGAAGAGGCAGAUGGAAAGCGACUGGUGCAAAUUCUCACCACCCACUGCCCCGGCUAUUGGGUGGAGAUGUUGAGCCUCCUGGUCUUUGAGAAGAUGAACCGAACGGAUCUUUCUGAGAGAGCAAAGGAUGAACUCAAGGAAGUGGCUUUGAAAUCAUUUCUGGAAAGAAAGCCUCAAUCAUUAGGGAUGACAUGGACUGAAAAACCAAAACAUGACGACCUGGAAGAAAUACUACAGCGUUUUGAAGAAGGAAAGCUAGUUAAGGGAGAUAAAUAUAGAAGUAUGUUGCAGAAGAAGUUCUUGCAAAUCUGGACAAGCAACUUUUGGUCUGAAGCCAGAGAAAGUGAUGAUACUGUUGCCCAGAGAUACAAGACGAUGAUCCCAUUCUGUAAUCCUAGAAUGCUUGCAGGGCCAUUUCCAUACACCGUGGUCCUGCACGGCCCUGCGGGCUUUGGGAAAACCACCUUGGCAAAGAAGUUGGUGCUGGCCUGGAUGAAUGAUGACCUCAGUCAGACAUUCAAGUAUGUUUUCUAUCUCAGCUGCAAGGAACUCAACCACAUGGGGGCAUGUACAUUUGCAGAGCUGAUCUCCAAAGAUUGGCCUGGAUUGCAGGAUGACAUUACAGAGGUCCUAGCCCAGGAAAAGAAAAUCUUGUUCAUCAUCGAUGGUUUUGAUGAGCUGAGAGCACCUCCUGGGGCACUCAUCAGUGAUAUAUGUGGUGGCUUGGAGGAGAAGCAGCCUGUGCCUGUCCUCUUGAGCAGUUUGCUGAUAAGAAAAAUUUUCCCCAGGGCCACUGUACUGAUCACCACACGACCCGAGGCCCUGAGAGAGCUCCGGCUCUUGGUCGAACAGCCCCUCUUCCUAGAAAUCGAGGGCUUGUUGGAGCUGGACAGGAAGGCAUAUUUCUUGAAACACUUUGGAGAUGAGGAUCGAGCACUGAGAGCUUUUGGCUUGAUGAGGAACAACGCAGCCUUGUUCCACCUGGGCUCGGCCCCCGCGGUGUGCUGGAUCGUCUGCACUUGUCUGAAGCAGCAGAUGGAGAAGGGGGAAGACCCCAGCCUGACCUGCCAGACCACCACGUCGCUGUUCCUGCGUUUUCUCUGCAGCCAGUUCAUGCAGGCACCUGGCAGCUGCCCGGGUCAGUCCCUCCGAGGCCCGCUGAAGGCUCUGUGUCUCCUGGCUGCCGAGGGCACGUGGACACAGACAUCCGUGUUUGACAGAGAAGACCUCGAGAGGCUUGGGGUAAAGGAGUCUGACCUCUGUCCUUUCCUGGACAAGAACGUCCUCCAGAAGGACAGAGACUGUGAGGGCUGCUACUCCUUCCUCCACCUCAGUGUCCAGCAGUUUUUUGCAGCUAUGUUCUAUGUCCUGGAGAACGAGGAGGAAGACGGGGAUAGCCGUAGGUGGGACAUUGGGGAUGUGCAGAAGCUGUUCUCCAAGGAAGAAAGAUUAAGCAACCCCAACCUGACCCAAGUGGGAUACUUCUUCUUUGGUCUCUUGAAUGAAAAGAGAGCCAAGGAGCUGGAGACAACUUUUGGUUGCCGAAUAUCAGUGGAGAUCAAACAGGAGUUACUGAAAUGCAAAGCAACCUCCAAUGAGGAGAAACCCGUCGUCUCACUGAUGGACACGGAGGAGGUUCUGUACUGUCUCUAUGAAUCUCAGGACGAAGAGCUGGUGAAGGGUGCAAUGGCCCACUUCAGGGAAAUGUCUCUGCACUUGGAAAAUAAGACAGACGUCAUCCACUCUUCGUUCUGCCUCAAGCAUUGCCAGAACUUGCAGGAACUUACACUGCACGUAGCCAAGGGGAUAUUCCCGAUGAAUGAUAUUACAUCGAAAUCAGAUGCUCAGGUUGAAAGGUCUCAGAAUGAGCGACACAUUCUUCCUUUCUGGAUGGACCUUUGUUCCAUGUUUGGCUCAAAUAAGAAUCUGAUAUUUCUGGACAUCAGUCAGAGCUUCCUGAGUACCUCAUCAGUGAAGAUUCUUUGUGAACAAAUUGCCUCUGACACCUGUAAUCUCCAGAAAGCAGUCCUCAAAGAUAUUUCCCCAGCUGAUGCUUAUUGGACCUUCUGCCUCUCUGUUAGUGGUCACAAGACUCUAACGCAUCUGACCCUUCAAGGCAAUGAGCAGAAUGAUAUGCUUCCCUCUUUGUGUGAGGUCUUGAGACAUCCAAAAUGUAACCUGCAGCAUCUCAGGUUGGUAUCUUGUUCUGCCACCACUAAGCAAUGGGAUGAUCUCUCCUUGGCCCUCAAAAGCAACCAGUCCCUGACAUGCCUGGACCUCUCAGACAAUGAACUCCUGGACAAAGGUGUCAAGAUUCUGUAUAGGACUUUGAUAUACCCAAAGUGCUUCCUGCAGAAGUUGUCGUUGGAAAACUGUCACCUAACAGAAGCCUCUUGCAAGGAGCUCUCUUGUGCUUUGAUCGUCAACCAGAGGCUGACACACCUGUGCUUGGCCAAGAAUGACCUCGGGGAUAAUGGGGUGAAAAUUCUGUGUGAAGGCUUGAGUUACCCUGAAUGUAAACUACAGACUCUGGUGCUGUGGUGCUGCAACAUAAUGGGUGAUGGCUGCAAUCACCUCUCAAAGAUUCUCCAACAAAAAUCAAGCCUAACACACCUGGAUCUGGGGCUGAAUCACAUAGGAAUUGCCGGACUGAGGUUUCUGUGUGAGGCUUUGAAGCAACCACUGUGUAACUUGAGGUGUUUGUGGUUGUGGCGAUGUUCCAUCACUCCUUUCAGCUGUGCAGACCUCUCCUCUGCCCUCAGGAGCAACCAGAGCCUGAUCACUCUGGACCUGGGCCAGAAUUCCUUGGGGUCUGGUGGAGUAAAGAUGCUGUGUAAAGCUUUAAAACUUCAAAAUUGCUCCCUCCAAACACUCAGGUUGAAAAUAGAUGAAUAUGAUGCUGAAAUCCAGGAGCUGCUGAAAGAAAUGAAAGAAAGCCACCCACAACUGACCAUUGAAAGUGACAAUCAAGAUCCCAGGAAAAAAAGACCUUCUUCUCAUGACUUCAUUUUCUGA